AGUAUACUGAAGCAACAUAGGUCGAACACAAAUUGAGGUAAGUUCUCCCCUGCAGCAAUUUUUUAAUGCGCUCAAAGCUCAUGAGCGGUAGGCAUAAGGAUGGCAACUGAGGUAUCGAGCAGACUUUUUUAUCAUUUCCUGGGAGCGCUGAAGAGAACACACAGCUUUAGCAAUUUUUCUUUUCCAUUAGGCCUGCCUCAGACGAGUAUGUCGUAUUCCGCUUCCAAGACAUGGAUAUCACCUCAGACCAAGGAGCUGGAGACAUGGACAAAGAUCCGCGACUCCAUCAUGCGCAUAUCCCCUCGCUCUCCGUUCAUUCCCAAAACAUUUGCCGACUGGCUGGAGCACCGACUCGCGAUAAAGGAGGACCAACUUCGAAAAGUCGUAAGGAAAAUUGCAAGAAUAAGUGGAAGAGAUGAUCGCCAGGAGACAACGAUACAUCCAGUUUUGGGGGUAAAAGAGAUCGAGGACCGCCGGGCUUUGGUUCUAGCUCGCGAAACUAUAUGGAGACAAUCCUUGGAGUCCUUCCCGGGCCGUCGCUUGGCACCAUGGCCUUCAUACGAAGAAUACAAACACGAAGGGGACGACCGUAGCAAAUCAGGGUAUAGACGAUUUCUUCCGUUGCCAAGAGACCCUGGCAACGUUACCGUAAAUUGGAAGCAGCGAAAGCCGUUACCACAAUAUCUUUUCGAUGAAGUGGGACGGCGAACAACAGUGGACAACGAGGAAGACAAAGAACCGGGCCUGGAUGAACUGCUUGCUAUGGAAUUCGUCGGUGCUUCACUCAUAUUGCUGCUUGACUCAUAGCAGUUUCUUCUCCUUAUUUUGGAAAGCGAAGCCAAAUCGAGGGCGUUUGAGCGAUUUUAAAGUUCAAGACAGGUCGAACAGGGCUGAUGAGUAGGCGGGGCAUGAGGACGUGGUAGAGUUAAUCACUUAACUUAUUGUUCCAGGGAUGGCCAGAGACCA